ACCAACAAGUUAUAUUUGUAUACAGCCAAUGUAAAACCAUGUACACUUAACUGUGUGUGAACAGGUUGUGUCUUUGUUGUAAUAUAGAACUUUGUAACUUCAAACUUCAGUAGUGAUUGCAUGGUGUGAUGGUACAGAAAUCAGGUGUCUCGAGUUCCAAGAUGACAAGUUUUAUCAAACCUUUCAAAAGUGUCAAAUCGAAGUUAUCAAGACGAUGGACGGUUUUUUGGGAAAAUGAUGUUCAAGCCAAACACAGUUCAGACGUUCCAGAGGGAAUCCCAAACAUUGGUAAUACGUGUUAUAUCAACGCCGUGCUUCAGGUCUUGAAGUGGACCCCUUGUUUUCUGUCGAGACUUGAUACCUGCGACACUGACGAAUCUAAACAGGUAGCCUCAUGUUUAAAAGCAGCUAUGACCGGUACCGACAAAACAAAACGGAAGUCAACAUUGAAAUCACUUGGAACAUUGAUUGGUCGGAACACUCUCGGCUCGGGAACACCUGAAGACUGUUUUGAAUUGUAUAGUGCACUUCUUGAGAGCCUCCACACAAGCAAAGACGAAUGUCCCGCAAGGCUGUUCGAGGGUACUUUUCUUAUUACAUUCUGCUAUGAGUCCUGUGGACAUAUUGAAAGACAACUGCAGACAUUUACAAGCCUAUCAAUGCCUAUGGUGGAUGCUUUUGACAGUUUCAAACUAACAGUAGAAACUUCAGCCGUAGAUUCCAAACUAACAAAAGAAACUACAGCCGUAGAUUCCAAGCCAACAGUAGAAACUACAGCCGUAGAUUCCAAGCCAACAGAGGAAACUUCAGCCGUAGAUUUCAAGCCAACAGAGGAAACUACACCCGUAGAUUCCAAGCAAACAGAGGAAACUACAGCCGUAGAUUCCAAGCCAACAGAGGAAACUACAGCCGUAGAUUCCAACCCAACAGAGGAAAAUACACCCGUAGAUUCCAAGCCAACAGUAGAAACUACACCCGUAGAUUCCAAGCCAACAGUAGAAACUACACCCGUAGAUUCCAAGCUAACAGUAGAAACUACAGCUGCAGAUUCCAAGCUAACAGAAGUAACUACACCCGUAGAUUCCAAGCUAACAGUAGAAACUACACCCGUAGAUUCCAAGCUAACAGUAGAAACUACACCAAGAAUUGAGAUAUAUAAAGAUGAGAAAGAGGAGGAAACGGCGGAGAAAGAGGAAAAGAUGGGAGAGGUAAAUCUGGAAGAGAAGAAGGAAAGGAUGGGAAAAGAGGAAGAGAAUGACAACACAAAUGAAGAUAUACAGGAUAUAGAAGAGGAGAGAGAGGAGAAAACAGGUAAAGGACAGUUACAGGACAGUAAGGAUAAGGAGACAUUGUACGAAUUUCUCAAAUAUUUAAGCACACCUAUGGGGAAUAAGGUGGUUACUAAUAAGUGUAGUAUUGAAACGAGCCUUGAGACGUUCAUAUCUGCGGAAUGCUACCCGGAAAGAUCACUACAGUGUAGGAAGUGUGGUGUCCCAAACUCGUCAGCAUUACCAGACAAUAGUCAAACUACGAAACGGAUCCUGAUAGCAGACCCUCCACCUAUACUUGUCCUACAACUAAACAGAGUUCAGCAGGUUGUUCGGAAUGGUUUGGUGAAACUCGAGAAGGUCACGCACCAGAUCAACUAUCCUGAGACGCUAGACAUAUCUCCGUAUUCAUCCAAGUUCUGCACAGGGAGAAUAAACGCCCAAUACCAGUUAUAUGCUGUGAUAGUACACCGUGGUGGAUUAGGCAGGGGUCACUACAUAGCUUACAUCAAAGUACCAGCUGACGGAACUCCGCAAUCAAAUCAGCACUCUGCAUCUAGACAGGAUAUAGACUCGUUACUGACUAAAUACGAAACAGAUCCUGCUCUUCAAACUAACUAUAUUAACGUAUGUGUGAAGGAGGCAAACGACACAUCUGUAAUUGAAAAAAACACAUUGCAAAAGUCGUUCAAAUGGUUCAAAUUCAACGACAGCAAAGUUACGGAGUGUGAAACUCCUCCUCAUGGAGACGAUUCAUUGAGUGACGCUUAUAUGUUAUUUUACAAUGAAGUCAAAUAGAAACGCCAACAUGUGAAACAAAGUAUUACAAUUCUUGUUUUGGCUGUGACUGAUCCUUAUACCGGUGUAUCACCCUUGGCUUUGAAAACAUGGCAUGUGCUGGUCAAUACUUUCAAUAUCGCAAGUCUGGAGCAGAUACAAAUAAAUUAACAAAUUACACAAUACCAGUUUUAUUAUACAUCAAUAUAACAUCAUACCAUCAGAACAAUUCUACGAUAAUGCAAUACUAGCUACGCUAUUCAUUAUGUUAAAGAUGACUCUAUUGUAACAACAACCACGGUUCGAACUCAAAAUCGAGGAAAAAUAUAAUUGAAAUUGGCCGUUUAAUUUGUAUAAACGACAAUUGAAAAUAUUUCCAAAACAUAAAUCAAUAUGGAAAAUGUACAUAAAAUAGUUUGGUCCUAGGUGGGGAUAAAACCGCCACCUGGAUAAUAAUUAACAGGUAAGUACCGCAAUACCAGAUGGAGGAAGAUGGGGAGGAGGCGGGUCAAAAAUGAUUGUUCUUUAAACAAACAAAACUGACCUUGACCAGUGUCCAUCUUUGUGGUUGUAGGCGAUGUCUGCAGCGGCUGUAGUAAGCUGAUGCUACGCAAUCGGUUUAUAUAACCAGAUCAAUGCGCGUGACCUUUUCACCUCCUGACCCACAACCCCCUCCACUGUUUACAAACAUUGCGUAGGAACUAUUUAUAUACUGAACACAUAACAUCAAGUGAAUCAAUCAAUAACCACAUGUAUAAAAUUUAACAAAAUUUUAUUUUAAUUGUUUAUUAUACAUGACUUCAGACAGGGCAAGCUUGUUGGACCAAACUGACCAUAAAUAACCAAACACAUGAUUGAAUUGAAAUUGGCCGUUUACUUUGUAUAAACGACAAUUGAAAAUAUUUCCAAAACAUAAACCAAUAUGGAACAUGUACAUCAAAUAGUUUGGUCCUAGGUGGGGAUCAAACCGCCACUAUGGUAUCUGAUAAAUGUCACAUUUUGUACAUGCUCAGAAACCAUCCCCCACCCGCUAAAUACGAGUUAUUACGUAAGCUCCAGGUGGCGCUACGCCACCUGUGCAUCAGUUCUAUUCUUGACUAGACAAUAAUAUUACCUUGAUAUUAACUAGUGGGAAUAAUCCAAACCGCCUAUUAACACAUGGCACCAGGAGCCAUGCUAAACAACCUUGCCAUUGUUGUUUAUAUUUACGUUGCUACAAACUUCGUAGUUAGAUACUAACGAUAUUACAGUCAAUCAGAAUACUGUACCUGAUUAGUGAUCUUUUUAAUGAAAAAAUAUUCCAAUAAAACAUCAACGAAACAAAACUGAUAAAAACAUGAAUAUAACAAUAAGGUAACAAAGGAAAUCGACACAUUAUCAUUUAAUUUUGCAAUACUGAUUUAAUAUAUGAUUUGGAUUGAAGUUUAAGGUAAAAUUAUGAUAUAAACAUUUGGAAUACUAGAACAGUGUAGAACAUGUCUUUCACUUUAAACUUAUUUUCACCUGAUAAAUGUAUGUAUUACUGCGAUUCUUUGGUCCAUAUUCUAUAGUUUAUCAUUUGUCAACAGAGACAUGUUGUUACAUCGAUAUAUAUAAAUAUAUUAGUUAGCGUAAGUUAUACAAUAUACAUAAUUAAAGUGAUGUUAAGGCAGCUUCGGUCUUUGUUUGAUCUCUAAUCGUUAAAACAUCCUUUCAGUUAA